AUGAAAAAAGCGGCAGACCGGCCGAAUUCCGCGGUCAAUGGAAGAUAUGAAUCGCCGGCCACGACCACCAAUAACACCCAGAACAGUGGAACUCCAAGCCUGAAUGGACAAGAUCCUGCUAGGUCAACCUCGUCAUCUCCCAUAUUUGGCACCGAGCCAUUGCCAGAGGAUGAACAUGCUACAUGUCCAUACUGUCAACAGGACUUUCGGAAGCCACGAGUUCUUGACUGUCUGCAUUCGAUGUGUGAAGAUUGCAUUAUCGCACAGCUUGAUGGACAUCUUCAAGCUAAAUCCGCGGCUAUCGAGGAAAAGAAACGUGCGACGUCUGCCCUGGAUUGCGAACUAGAAACGCCGAAGUUGAAGGAACGUCCAACACCACCUGGAGUCAUUCGGUGUCCCAUUUGUGCGCAGGAAUCGCAUGUUGGAAACGAUGUUCGCUAUGUCCAUGCGAUGCUGUUAGAUUACGUAAGUUUCUUAUCGUACAAUCCUGGACCUCCACCCACAAGAUUUAAGGUUCGACUCGCGAAAAUUCAAGAAGUGGAAGUUGAAAAGAUGGUGGCUCAUCAUAGCAAACCAUGCACUGCCUGCAAGUCGGAACAAGAAGCUGUGGCGUUUUGCGAACAGUGCUCUUCGGACCUCUGUGAAAAUUGCACCACUGCACACACAGUCAUGAAGCUGUUUGAUGGUCAUGUUGUCACUACGUUCGCCGAUCUUCGCUCUCCCGGAGCUCACCCUGAACUGCGACAAGUUAUUUGCACCACUCACAAUCAGUCCAUGAGAUAUCUUUGUGCUGCGUGUGAAACAGCUGCCUGUAAACAGUGCUUAGAAAUUGAUCAUCUGAAUCAUAAGAUUAUCGAUAUCAACGAUCUUGUAAUCAAUGCCAUCAAGGAGGAUGUUUCGAAUACUGUUGAUCGAGUCGAGAAGAAGUACAACAACUCAGUUGCUGAUAUGAACAGCUUGCCGGAUAAAACUCAACAGUUGAACGAACAAUACGAACUUGCCAAAUAUCGAGUUGAAAAGCAUUAUGACGAGCUCCGCUGCGCCCUAGAGGAAAACCGUCAAAAGGUGCUGAAUGAACUUGAAGAAGCCCGUGUCCGACAGGAAGGCAAUAUUGAAGACAUGUAUCGCAAAUCUCAAGUGAAUGAAGCACGUGUUCAUGAUGCCAUCAACUUCACUCGUCGUCUUCUUACUAAAGGAAACGGUCUCGAAUUGGUAGUCUCCAGGAAGAAAGUAAUUCAACAAUUUGGCAACCUUUCUCAUGCUAUCCCAUCUCAUGGCCAUCAAGUUGAAUUGGAGUUUUUGACACCAUCCAAGAAACAAAUCGACCAUUUUGUCCAUCAACUGACUGGAACUGUUAUCGGACGUGUGAUUCAGCCCACCGUAAAAGAUGUUGCAAGCGCGUCUGAAGUUGCAGCAGAUAAGGGAGAAAGAGGAGGAUCUCAAACUGGAGUGAGACCGAAUUCGGCUGCCAAUGGUGCUCAUCAGGAUGAAUGGGGUCGUCCGGUAUACCAACAAAAUCCUCAACUUGGAGCUAUCGGAGGAGAGCGUAAAAAGAACACCCAAAAUGGUACAAACGGUGUUCGAUCCAUCGGUGAUAACGCCUUCAGAGAUUGGCCACCAAGCAGUCAUCCACCAGAUUCGACAAGUCCACCUCCAACUAAUGGCCCACCAGCAUUACUACCAUCUCAGCCAUCAGCCCCCAUCGUAUCUCACCCGCAAGUUUCAAAUCUUCCGAAUGCUGCUGCUUUGGCUGCAGUGGCAGCGGGCAUGCGUCCAGAUUUAGUCGCGCUGGCUAAUCACAUGGAUUUGAACGCUCUCACAAAUGGAACCGGAAAUCAAAAUCAGCUCCCCGAGGCUAUGUUCCCAAUGUGGCCGAAUCGUCCCGGUAUUGGUUCUGUGCCAACUCCGACUACAACUGGUCUCUCUUCGAAUGCAUCAGCAGCUUACAUGCAACAGAAAUUGGCUGCUGUCCAACUUCAAGCGAUGUCUCGGCUGAAUCCGCAAAUGUUGUCACUGGCCACUCUUCGAAAUAAUCAACCACUCCAGGAAAUAUUGGCUAUGAAUGCAAUGAGCUCUCUGACUAUGAAUCCACAGCUUUCAAAUGCCGCCGCCGCUGCGCUGGCCGCAACUGCUGUCGUAAACUCAACUUCAGCUCCAAACAUAGCUGAUACUAGUCUACAAAAUGCUAAUUCACAGCGAGUCACUGACCUGAAAGUUCAUAGUGUUUUCGGAACUUCUCAACAAGGAAGCACUAUCAGAGAGUUGCACUGUCCAUCUGGUUUUUGCCUGUCAGACACUGAUGACAUCUUGAUUGCCGAUACAAAUAAUCAUCGAGUUGUUGUUUGUGGCCCACCACAUCCUUGGAAAAUAGGUCGCCCUGGCACUGAUGACGGACAAUUGUGUUUCCCACGCAAAGUUAUUGCUCUCCGUGGAGAUAUCGUUCGUUAUGUUGUUCUUGAUAAAGGCGGCGAUGGCAAAACCCGCGCUCAAAUCUUCGAAGCUCGUGGUGAAUUCGUGAAACGGCUAAACAUGAUGGCAUUGGUUCCGCGAGGAGGAAUAGAGGUGUCCGCAGCUGCUGCAACUCCUAAUGGACAACUUCUUUUGGUUGAUACUGCUGGAUUUGUGUAUUCCAUCGAUGUAGAUGCACCACGAGUGACUUUCUGGUUCGAUGCUUCCUCUCAACUUGGAGAAGCUUCCGAUGUUGCCAUGUUUGAUAACUUGAUUUAUAUUACCGACUUCAAACAUCAUUGCGUGCAAGUUUACACUUCGGAAGGUUUGAUUUCAGUUAUUCCUGAUUAUGCGGUUAAAACAAAAAUUUCAGGAAAAUUCAUCCGGAAGAUGGGAGAACCGUCCCAGACACCAUAUCCCAUUGGCAUAGAUGUUUCCAAGGCAGGAGAGGUUCUCGUUGCGGAUACUCAUGGAAAUCAUCUUCAUGUUGUUGUAUUUUCUCCGGAAGGACAACAUAUUCAUUCAUUCACCCACAAUGAAUUCAGACUUUCCCGUUGCGUUGGUCUUCGAAUCGCUAAGAGUGGCCACAUAGUGACGCUGUGCAAGCACAAUCACACUCUAUUCGUUUUCAAGCCUUUAAUUUUGCCAAAUGGAAUACCCGUUCCGACUCCUGUGCCGAAUGCCGCAUCGAUCAUUAACAAGUUCCAAUAA